AUGGCUGUGGGCCAGGGCUCCGAGGGAUGGCCAGCCGGCAACCCCAAGCAGGCGGCGCCCUCCCAGGCGCUGGAGGGCAGCAAGGGCGGCCCGCCGGCAACCGCCGCGUCGGCGGCACAAGCAGUGGCCGCCGCGCUCCUAGCUCCCAAGCGGCAGAAGAAGAAGGGCAGCAUGUCGCGGGUCAGCACCCUGUCGGCAUUCAGCAUAGAGUGCACCUGCCGGGUCAGCAAGGCGGGCGGCCUGGUGCGGGCCGCGUCGGCGCCGGCGGCGGGCGAGGGCGAGGGCGCGCCGACCGUGCGUUGCAGCUACUAUGAUGCCGCCGCAGAGGGCCGCCCCGCGGGCCGCCAGCACCAGCUCUACUCCUUCCUGGAUGCGCCAGAGGCGCUGCGCUUCAACAAGUUCAUCCGCAGCGGCUACCGGGCGGGCCUGUCAUACCCGCAGUGCUGCCGCAGCAUGCUGUCGCUACACAAUGAGACGGGCAACAUCUGGACCCACCUGCUGCCCGCGCUGCUGCUGGUGGUGCUGGUGCUGGGCGGGCAGCUGCAGGCGUGGCAGGGCGCGCGGCUGGCCUUUGCUGCCAACGUUGGCUCCAUCGCCGCCUGCUUCCUGGGAUCGGUGCUGUACCACACCUGCAUGGCCAACCACCACCAGCACGACCACUGGCUCAAGCUGGAUGUCUGCGGCAUCCUGCUGGUGCUGGUGGGCGGCGGGCACAUGGUGCUGUGGUGGGGCCUGUACUGCCACCCCGCCGCCCGCGCCACCUUUGCGCUCCUCUACUACGGCUGCGCCGCGGGCUGCGUGUGGGCGGCGCUGCGGGCGCGCACCGCGGCGGGGCGCGGCCUGCCCAUGCUGGCCCUGCUGCUCGUCCGCAUCUCCGCCUUUGCCGCGCGCCUGCUGCUGGAGCCGCCCAGCGUGGCGCUGCAGCACUAUGCCGCCAUGGAGGUGUGCUCGCUGGCGGGCGGCUUGCUCAACGUGCUGCGCAUCCCGGAGCGCUGGCUGCAGCCCGAGGACCCCACCACCGCAGCCCCUCUAGACUUCUUCCUGAACAGCCACCAGAUCAUGCACGUGUUGGUGGCCGCGGCGAUGUGGCAGCUGCACCUGGGCGCAGCGGCAGACUACCGCACCGUCAGCGCCCUGCUGGACGGCAGCAUGCAGUGCCCGUCCUGA